UGGCUGGUCCCCGCGCUCCCCGGUGCCGAGCCGGAGCCGUUGGCCGCUCGCGCGCUUGGCUCUCUCCCUUAGUAACAGCUCCCCUCCUGCCUCGGUGCUGCGCCCUGCCCCCGCGCCCCUCCCCCGCCGGACCCGCCGCCCGGCUGUCAGCGCCCGCACCCCAGGGCGCCUCGGGGUGCCGACGGCGGCCAGGAGGGGAGCGCCGCGCGUCCGGGAGGGGACAGCGUCGCCCAGCAGUGACUUCCCCUCUGGCACUGCUUGUCCAGCCCUGGCAGCUUCAGACCCAGGGAUGUGCUUGCUUCUGCCUCAGCUACUUUGUUCUUUGUCUCAGGCUCUGCCCUGGAAUUGCAGCUUGUGAUUGGUGGUCGGAUAUCCAGGUGCACACCCUCACAUCAAUGCACUGCCAAUGGGUUCUGUCCUGUGUUGUGGCCUCAUGGUUUAAGUGGGAAUAAAGAUGAGCAUAAGCAGCGAUGAGGUCAACUUCUUGGUGUACAGGUACUUGCAAGAGUCAGGAUUUUCUCAUUCCGCAUUUACCUUUGGUAUAGAGAGCCAUAUAAGUCAGUCCAAUAUAAAUGGCGCCCUGGUCCCUCCAGCUGCCCUGAUCUCUAUCAUCCAGAAAGGCCUACAGUAUGUAGAGGCAGAAGUUAGUAUAAAUGAGGAUGGCACCUUAUUUGAUGGCCGACCCAUAGAGUCUCUGUCCCUGAUAGAUGCUGUUAUGCCUGAUGUAGUCCAAACAAGACAACAAGCCUACAGAGACAAGCUCGCACAGCAGCAUGCAGCCGCUGCCGCAGCCGCAGCCGCGGCCACUAAUCAGCAGGGAUCUGCGAAAAAUGGAGAGAACACAGCAAAUGGGGAGGAGAAUGGAGCACAUACCAUCGCAAAUAAUCACACUGACAUGAUGGAAGUAGAUGGGGAUGUUGAAAUCCCUCCUAAUAAAGCAGUUGUGCUACGGGGCCAUGAAUCUGAGGUUUUCAUCUGUGCUUGGAACCCUGUCAGUGAUCUCCUGGCAUCAGGGUCUGGAGACUCCACAGCAAGAAUAUGGAACCUUAGUGAGAAUAGCACGAGUGGCCCCACACAGCUGGUGCUGAGACACUGCAUACGGGAAGGAGGGCAGGACGUGCCCAGUAACAAGGAUGUCACCUCUCUAGAUUGGAAUAGUGAAGGUACACUUCUAGCAACUGGGUCAUAUGAUGGAUUUGCCAGAAUAUGGACUAAAGAUGGUAAUCUCGCCAGCACCUUGGGGCAACAUAAAGGCCCUAUAUUUGCAUUGAAAUGGAAUAAGAAAGGAAAUUUCAUCCUGAGUGCUGGUGUGGAUAAGACCACCAUCAUCUGGGAUGCACACACUGGUGAAGCCAAGCAGCAGUUUCCUUUCCAUUCAGCCCCAGCACUGGACGUUGACUGGCAGAGCAACAACACCUUUGCAUCGUGUAGUACAGAUAUGUGCAUUCAUGUCUGCAAGUUAGGACAAGACAGACCUAUCAAAACAUUCCAGGGACACACGAAUGAAGUAAAUGCUAUCAAAUGGGACCCAACUGGCAAUCUCCUAGCCUCCUGUUCAGAUGACAUGACCUUGAAGAUCUGGAGUAUGAAGCAAGAUAACUGUGUUCAUGAUUUGCAAGCACAUAAUAAAGAAAUUUAUACUAUUAAAUGGAGUCCAACAGGACCAGGGACAAACAAUCCAAAUGCCAACCUUAUGCUAGCAAGUGCAUCCUUUGAUUCUACAGUUAGAUUAUGGGAUGUAGAUCGAGGGAUUUGCAUCCAUACUUUGACAAAACACCAAGAGCCUGUGUACAGUGUGGCUUUCAGUCCUGAUGGCAGGUAUCUGGCAAGUGGUUCUUUCGACAAGUGUGUGCACAUCUGGAACACACAGACAGGUGCUCUAGUCCACAGUUACAGGGGAACAGGUGGGAUUUUUGAAGUUUGCUGGAAUGCAGCAGGAGACAAAGUUGGAGCCAGUGCAUCGGAUGGUUCAGUUUGUGUCUUAGACCUUCGGAAGUAGCAUUACUAGUUGGAAGCCAUGGACCGACUAUGAAUGUGUACAUAGCCACAAGACUACCCUGACCCACAUACUGCUAGAGCCCCACUUGAGCCAUGGCCAGUCCGCUCCAGCCGAACCUAAGAGAGAUGACACAUGCAGUAUGUACGGACACAGCUGUACCCUGAGGGCGGCAGUCGCGCCCCAGCUUGUGAGCUCUGCUCACCAAGUGCUGGGCUCUAACCUGCUGUGCCCCCAAGUAGUGUUUAGAAGUUUGGAUAUAAAAAACAGAAGAGAAGGAAUACGCGCUAUAAGAGCAAACCACACGUGUACCAGUUUUGGACAUUAAUGACAGCCUUUUUUUCUCCCCUUUGAAUCAGCAGACACCAUGGAUUAUAUUUUGUUUCCCCUUCAGUAGUGCGCAGUUUGUAUGUACAGAGAACAUGGACUUAACAGAAGCUUGUGGCAGUAGUGCGUUCUUGCUUCCAAGUUUGUUUUGGUUUAGAUUACGGAUGCAUGAAGUAAGGGAGUGAAUCAUUUUCUUGCUUUUAUUUUUCCUCACCUUUUAAACAACAACAACAAAAAUCUUAAAUAUUUUACUGUAUUUGUUGGAAGAGGUAGCUGUUUGGUACAUUUUAUGGCUCCCAGAGCAUAUAUUCAAUUGGUGCACAUUGUGGAGGGAAUUGGAUUAAAGGAAAACCGGCAUGACUUCUGGUCAUGUUGUUCUCUAAGACACAUCAGCAAAGGGUAUUAUGUAUCUUUGUUUUGGGUUUUUGUUUUUGUUCUGUGUGCGUGUGUGUGCGCAUGUGCGUGUGUGUAUCUGUUAUGGUUUAAAUAAAAUAGUUUUUUCUUGGGGACGUAUUUCUGCCAAUUGAAGACUAGAAGGGCACAACUUUUUUUUUUUUUUAAUACCAUAAAGAAGAGACAUUUAAAAAAAAAAAUCUUCUGAUAUUUUGUAGCCAUAACUAAAUUAUGGUUAAAAUGUGCACUAUUGUGAGAAGGAGCAACAUAGUUUGGAGAUUUUAAAAUUUAUUUUUUAUUUUACUGUUUGUCUGUUUUACUUUGUUUCUUAAGAGAUUAAAAUGUUUCUGGAUAAGGAUUAGCUUCUCAAAGUGUCCAUCAUUCUGUAUAGAAGCUUAAGAAAUAUGUAAUGUAACCAGAUUCCAGUAUUAAAAAUUUCUCAUGUUAUUUUUCUUUUUAUGAAGCAAGAUUAUGGCAUAUAGCACUGCCAUUAUGUGGCUAAGUGUUUGCUACCUUAGUUUGAAAACCAGCUUUUAAAGGCUUGCUUCAAGGUGUUUUUAAGUAGCAGUGAUUGAGAAAAGCAGUGUGGCUGAGGUCAGCAUUCUUCGGGUGUUGACGACUCCGGGGCUGCUUUGUCAGGCAGCAGAGAUCUACGCUGCUGUUUUUCCAGUGCUCACCACUAUAUCGUGUCUUUUACUCUGUUUAUAUCAAGCAUUUUUUUUUUAAGAUAUAGGUAUCCAAUCAGAUCUCUUCUUGUCUUAGCUAAAAGUAAAAUAUACCUACAAAUGUUCACCAGAGGCUAUGUUUGUGAAGGUUUUAACAGGCCAGUCAAUAUUAACAGAAGAACCCAGAAGUGUCGGUUCUGAAGAAAACAGUUGUCAAAUUUAUGUCUUUAAAUUUUUAAGUAAGAAAUUGCUUAACAAAUUUAUAACACUAUCUGUGUCACUGGUUAUUUUGAGGCCUUUAACUCCUGAAUCCCACCCUGUGUUCUGUCUGAAGCAGCAGCUCUAACCUAGCCCUGCAGCGUUGAUGCACAGUAUUUGCUGCUUUGCUCUUCUCAGAACAGCGUUGAUUGCCGCAAGUCUUGGCUUCACUAAGGUUGAGUGGCAUUUGCUUUUGGUAAAGAGGAUGAUACACUUAAAUUUUACCAUACAUCGUUAUAUCUCCCCAUUGUUGUUAGUGGGGACUAUGAUACUGUAAUAAUAUUUUUAAAAUUUACAUUCACAGAGGCAGUCAUGGUUUGUGCCAGGUGUUUUUAGGGUUCGAUCACAGUGAGAUAUUUAGUACUCACUGCCCUGUGGCUCUGUAGGAAAUCUAAAAUGCCGAGUGUCUGGCACUUGAGAUUCUGCUUUUACUGAAAGUGGGUCACAUCUGUUGGCCCCUGUUGUUGUUUAAAAAUAAAAAUAAAAAUAAAAAAAAUCUGUGCAAUAAUUUUUAAAUGUGCUCCCAGGAAUAGACACAAAUGUUUUGAGUAUGCCUAAGCUGCAUUUCCUUCAGCGAUGCAUUUGUCAAUUGCACUGAAUCUAAACCUGAAAGUCAGAGGUGAUUGUUGAUAGUGCUUUUGUAUUUUGAUAUGGACAUUUUAUUCAUUUGCAUACAGUCAUUGACGUUCUUCCCAGCUGAUUCAAAGACAGUCACAAAUUUCUGCAAUACAGCUGCCAAAAUGACAGCUGCAUUUUAUGAUAUUGUCUUGCCUUCUGUUGGGUGUGUUGUCUGUUGGUUUGUUUUUGUUGUGGUUGUUUCCACCCUAAUUCUUUGACUCUUUUACUUCAGCACACUAACUGUGAUAGGAUGUCUAAUAGAACAUAAUUGCAGAGCUUUGCUAUCCUGAAGCCUCAGGUCUCUCCUGCACAGACAUGGCUGAAGGUGUCCAUCUUUAGGCUGGUUCUUCAUGAGUGUAGGACUGUGUGCCUUGCUGCUGUUCUCACUGUCACUGUAGCCUGCUGACGUGCCACAAUGCUGCUCCACAGACACCACACCAUGUCUCUACCUGAGCAGUCAGAGGAUCAUAAGAGUGUGGUCCUCUUUAGUAUGUGAAGUUCUGUCUUGGACUCUUUCCCUUUUGUCUCUUUCUGAGAAUUUACUCUGAAGAUCUACAGAGUCCAGCAGUCUUUCUGUAGUAUUCAUUUAGAUCAUCGUUUUAUAUGCUGCUGUAAGGAGCUCAAUUAUAAGGAAAGAGAAUAAGACUUAAAUGAAUACUCAUUGAUUAAAGAGGAAUAGAGAGAGCAGCUGCCACCCUUGAAAGGCAAGAAGGAAUCUCUGUUCUCCAUGCGGGAGACCCUUGGGCAUUUAGAUGUGCCCCGUUCCCUUUUUCCAUGAUCAGGUAAUCACAUUGACUUUCAGAGGACUUUAUGAGUGGUAACUGGAAUAGGUCUUAGAGUGUAGCAAAUUCUGUUUUUAUGAGUUAUCCUCUAGAUGAGUAUGUUUUAGGAUUAAACACCUUUUACAGCUACUGAAAGUGCCUCCUUUUAUGGUAUAAAACAAAUUAUGGUGCAAAAAGUUAUCAAUAGAUCGAAUCACAUGAAGGUUUUUUUUGUUUUGUUUUUUUCUUUUUGACAUAAAAAUGUCAAGAGACAGGCCAAAGAUUUGUAUUUUUCACUUAUAAAGCACUCCUUUUUUCCUUAAGAUUCUUUCUGUCGAAUCAGAUAUAAUGAGAGAGUACUAUUUUUAAGGAGCUAUCUGUUUACGUACAAUGAUUUUGUUAAAAGAAUAAUGUAAAAUAUGAAUGAGGAGCAGAGGCCCACAGAGGACUGGGCAUUUUGCUAUUGAAAGGAUUCACGGAUGACCAGGCUUUUGCAAGCAUAGAUGACAAGUUUUACUAGAUACAUAGGAAAACCAUCUCAGUGCUGUCUUGCUCUUUCAAAGACCAUUUUUGUUUUUGUAAGCGCAUUGCACAUUUCCACAGAAGCUGGAUUCUCAGGAGCUGAGAGCGAUACUUGCACAGUUUCUGCAGAAAUCCUGCCUCCAUGGACCAACAUCGUGGCACACCAGCAAAAGCCAGCAUUUGGGGCUAGCAGCCAGCCUACAGAGACCCUGGGGGUGGUUUUCUGUGUGUUUUGGUUCCCUCCUUUCCCCUGAAAUCAGCAGGGAGGGAAGUAUUCUUCCAGUUAUAGCUCUGAAGUGUCACGUUUAAUAUCAGUUUUUUAAUAGUGAUUGUAGUCAAAUGUAGAAGAGAGAGAAAAAAAGGGAGUGCUCACGUUUUUUUAAUCCACUCAUUUAGAAUUUGGUGUCUUAAUAGCAGUUCUGAGAUGUCCAUUUUAUUCUUUAUUUCUGCCCUUCUGUGACAGUGUUGAAGCAGCGUGAAUAACUAGGCUUUUUUUUUUUUUUUUUUUUUUAACCUAGCAAGCUGUUUCAUAUUUUCUUUGGACUUUCUGGAUAAGUUUGAGGAAACAUUCUGCAUGUUGCAUCUGCUGUACUUUUUCAUCUCAUUACAAAUAGGCAGGCUUCAUUGUGUAUCUCUGCCAUUCUUAAAUACAGAAGUGAUUUUUGUCUCCUGAUUUUGACAUUGUUGCUAUAUGUUUUCAUUUGGGUUUGGCAAAUCCUUUGGGUCUAAUUCUGUGAGCCUACCUUAGCACUGGGUGAUGACGUCUACAUCCAUUUUUUUAGUUCCCCAGUUAAUUUUCAAUCUGUUGUAAAACUGUAAACUAGCCCAUGACAGUUUUUUGUACAUGUUAAAGAACUUUAUUGUUCAGUUUCCAUGAUGAUUGUGUAAGGAAGACUGAUACAAAUGUCUAUCUCUCCUGGACCAUGUCAAUGACACUUAUGUAUUUUGGUUCCACAUCACAGUGAUUUGUCCCCAAUGACCCUUUGACCCUUUCCAGGCACAUUGUGUGUGUGUGUGUGUGUGUGUGUGUGUGUGUGUGUGUGUGUGUAUGUGUGUGUGUGUUGUUGUUGCGGUUUUCCCUUUGCAUUGUAUUGCUUUGACAACUGUAAUUUGAAUCAGAUCUGAAAGAGGUCCAGAAUAAAAUAUAUUUUGAUAUUA